AGGGCCGGUGCGGUGGAGCGGAGCGGGAGCGGGUGGGCGCAGUGCCGCGGCGAUGUGGGGCGUGCGGCUGCAGCUCCUGGCGUGCUGCCUGCUGCUCGGCGGCACGGCGCGGGGCUCCGCUGCCCUCCGCCGGGACGAGGUGCCCCCCCUUCGGAAUAAAGGGAUAUUUAUUAUCCAGAGUGAAGAUUCCAACUUAUGCAUUAAAGUGGACACCCUUGGUCUUGUUCUGGAAGACUGUGAUCAACUAUCAAAAGACAUGUUAUGGAAAUGGGUAUCCAAUCGCCGUCUUUUCAACAUAGGCAGAAGUACCUGUCUAGGACUGAACAUCAGUAGGCCAGAACAGCCGUUAAGCAUGCUUGAAUGUGAUUCAACUCAAUACUCGUUAUGGUGGAAUUGUGAUGGAAAAGCAUUAGUUGGUGUAUCAGAGUACAAAUUAGCCAUUGAAAGCAGCAAACAUAUUGUGGCCCAAAAACAUUCUACGUAUCAGUGGAAACAGUUUAUGUCCUAUGAUGAAGACCUCUGUGAACACCCAUUUCAAGAAACAUACACCUUGCUGGGAAAUUCCUUUGGUUUCCCAUGCAGUUUUCCAUUCAAAUAUAACAACAAGUGGUAUUAUGAGUGUACCAGAGAUGGAAAGGAAUUUGCCUGGUGUGCCACAACAACUCACUAUGAGCAAGAUGAAAAAUGGGGGUUUUGCCCAAAUGCUGCAGAGAGUGGCUGCGACGUUUUUUGGAAGAAGAACCCUGACACAAACCUUUGCUACCAGUUCAACCUUGCAUCUGUGCUGACCUGGCGUGAGGCAAGAGCUGCCUGUCAGCUGCAAGGAGGAGACCUGCUGAGUGUCACCAACCCCGAAGAGCAGAACUACAUAAGCAACCUAAGCAUGCAGUUAAAUGCCACAGACAUGAUGCUGUGGACAGGCCUCAACCACCUGGAGGAAGAUGCUGGCUGGCAGUGGUCAGAUGGAGCACCACUAGUAUUUGUGAACUGGAGAGCAAAUGUCUCUGAUAACCGGUUUAGAGAAAAUCAUUGUGCAGUGAUAAAUUCAAAAUUGAAGUAUGGUUGGCAAAGUUAUUUAUGUGAAUCUGGAUUGCCUUUUGUAUGCAAAAAAUACUUAAAUAAGACAGAGCAUGAAACACUGGAUACGUGGAAGUAUUAUGCCACUCGUUGUGAUUCUGGCUGGUACCCACACAAUCGCAACUGCUACAGACUUCAUAGAGAGGAGAAGAGCUGGAAUGAUGCUUCUAUCUCAUGCCAGAGUGACAAUAGUGGGCUCAUAAGUAUAUCCUCCAUGGCAGAUGCAGAGCUGCUCCUUAACUUGCUUGAAAGUGAAAAUGUAACUGAAACAUGGAUUGGGUUAUACAGUAAGAACACCUCUGCUGUUUUUGAGUGGUCAGAUAGCACCCCAGUAAAAUUCUCUAACUGGCACAGCCAGGAACCUAACACCUUUCAAAGAACAGGACAGCUCUGUGUUUCAGCACAAGGACCUGAGGGACGCUGGAAGAUUAAAAAAUGUGAAGACAGAUCUUUCUAUGUUUGCAAAAAAGCAGGGGAAUUCAAUAAUGUCUCUCCUGAGCUGGAAUCAAGUUGUCCAGAAGGAUGGGAAAGACAUGGUGGAUAUUGUUACAAAAUCGACAGUACCCCUCGAAGUUUUGAACAUGCUUCCAGUGGUUAUUUCUGCCCAUCUGCACUUGUAUCAGUAAUGAACAGGUUUGAGCAAGCUUUUAUCAACUGCAUGAUCCAGAGCAUGGCAAAAUCUGAGAGAACUUAUUUUUGGACAGGCUUGCAAGACCUUAACAACACAGGAGAAUACUUUUGGCUGAGCACAGCGGGAAGGAAUCACUCUGUAAGCUACACAAACUGGAACAAGUACCAGCCACGCCAUUCUGGAGGAUGUGUGGCUAUACGAGGGCAGGAGCCCAUUGGUUACUGGGAGGUGAAAAGCUGUGAGAACUUCAAAGCAAUGUCAUUGUGCAAGCAAAAAAUCAACUCUUACGAAGAACCUGAACUUACUUUUCAAAAGCAUUUGAGUUCCUGCUAUUUUGGAUGGGAGUCGGAAGCUCAUCUGCUCAGCUGCUACAAGAUAUUUCACAAUGAAAAAGUUCUGAUGAGAAGAACAUGGGAUGAAGCAGAAGCGUUAUGCCAAGAUUUUGGAGCACAUCUUGCUAGUUUUAGCAAUAUCUAUGAAGAGAUAUUUUUAAACAAUUUAUUAUAUACAAUUUUUGAUAGGACAGAAGAAAGACAGUUCUGGAUUGGAUUUAAUAAGAGAAACCUGCUUUCUGGAGGGACAUGGCAGUGGUCUGACAGAACACCUGUUGUAUCUUCAUUUCUGGAGGGCAAGUAUGUUGAAGAUGAUUCAAGAAACUGUGGUGUGUUCAAAGUAAAUCGAACAGUCUUCCCUGCACACUGCAAUGAAAAGCGUGAAUGGAUAUGCAAAAUACCAAAAGGUGUUAAACCAAAGAACCCAGAUUGGUACAUAGCUGAGCUGCCAUGGUCAUAUUAUCAAGGAGCAGAAUAUCUCUUCCAUGUCAGUCAAACGGACUGGGAAACGUAUGAAUUUGUCUGUGGCUGGCUCCGCAGUGGAAUGGCAACAAUAAAUAAUUCUGGUGAACAAGCCUUUAUUCAAAAUAAAAUUAAGAAGCUAUCAAACAGUGAUGUUCACUGGUGGAUUGGAUUGCACACCGAAAACUUCAGUGAUGAAUUUCGCUGGAGAGAUGAAUCACCAGUAACAUACCAGAACUGGAACGAAGGGAGGGAAAGAGAUCAGGAGAAACCAGGGAAAAGAUGUGGCUUCAUUUCAUCAGAAACAGGACUCUGGGGUGACGAAAACUGUACUGUCUCUCUUCCCUGUAUUUGCAAACGUAAAUUUGCAUGGAAAAUAGAGAAAGAGAUCCCAAAAGACCAGAGCCAACAAGGAGUAUGUCCCAAAGGCUGGCUGCACUUUGGAUUGAAAUGCUUUUUGAUACAAAUUCCAAAAGAUCCAGAGCAUCUAAGGAACUGGUACUCUGCACAAGUGUUUUGCAGUAGCUAUGAUGGAUCGCUUGCUUCCCUUGAAGAUGAACUGGAACAAGCUUUCAUAACAAUGAAUCUAUUUGGACAGAAAACUAAUGUUUGGAUAGGUUUCCAGAGUGAUGAUUAUGAGAAGUGGGUGAAUGAAAAUCUUCCGAUGUAUUCCAACUGGUCUCCAGUUGAAGUAGUGCGUAGACAGCGCUAUAACAGUGCAAACGCCGAAGAACAACUUCCACUAUGUACAGUGGUAUCAAAUAACCCUAAUUUUUAUUUUACGGGAAAAUGGUACUUAGAAAACUGUCAGAAAAAUUUUGGGUUUGUCUGCCAAAAGGAUCAGGACACAUCCAGACAUGUCAUCAAUGCAUCUGAAACGUACCCUGUGCCGGAUACCUUAGAAUAUGGAAACAGAACAUAUCAGCUCUUACGUGGGAAUUUUACAUGGUCUUCAGCUUUAAAAACCUGCAUGGCAAACGGCGCGGAGUUGGUCAGCAUCACAAACCAGUAUCACCAAGCUUUCCUCACAGUCAUCGUGAAUCGCCUGGGAUACAGCCACUGGAUCGGGCUGUUCACUUCAGAUAACGGGCUUAACUUUGAGUGGUCGGAUGGGACAAGGUCUUUGUUUACCUUCUGGGAAGAUGACGAGUCGCAGGCCUUUGGCAGCUGUGUUUACAUCGAUACUUGGGGGCACUGGAAAAGUGCUAACUGUGAAAGACGUCUGCAAGGAGCAGUUUGCCAUGUGCCACCUAAAAAGAAACUCACUGCCUAUAAAGCCUUAUGUUCAGAAAAAAGUGUUCCCUGGAUCAAAUUCAAAAACAGUUGCUACAGCUUUUCCACAGUUCUGCAGGGCACAAGUUUGGAUACUGCAUAUGAAGUCUGCAAAAAUCAAGGAUCAAAUCUUCUAACUAUUCAAGAUGAAGACGAAAAUGCCUUCAUUUUGGAAGAAUUGCACAGUUUUGGUUAUUCUGUGCAAAUGGUUUGGUUGAACGUCCUGCUUGUUACAGACAAUGAGACAGUCUCCUGGUUUGAUGGCUCUCCCUUAAACUACUCCAACUGGGGCAUCAGGGAGCCUGAAUUUGAUCAUCUCAAAGGGAAUUUCUGCAUCAGCCUGAGGACUACAGAUGGUGUCUGGCAAUUAUCUUCAUGCAGAGAAAAAAAGGGAUUUGUUUGUAAAAUGGAUGCAGAUAUUAAUGCAACAGAACCCUCUGAAAAAGCAUCAGACCGUAGACUUGUCGCUGUGGCUGUUCUCGUGACACUGGUGAUGCUGGCUGCCAUUUCCCUUUUCCUGUGGUGCCUCUACAAGCAGAAUAACCAGCUCUUCCGCAGGAUGCUGUGGGUCAGAAAUGCUUAUUUGCCACAGAUCAAUGCUGAUGUUCCUGCUUUGGAAGAAAGCAUCCUCAUUUCUGAUUUUGAGAGAAGUGACAACAAUUAAUUGAUCAGAAUUAGCAAGCAGUCACAUCUUCCAUGUGAAACUCCAUGAUCUGCAGUGGUUUUCUCCUUCUUGGGAGUUUCCCCAGGGCACCCAUAUCCAGAGAAACUCUUGCAGUCAUUUGUAUGAAUACCAUAGGGGCUCCCUACCUUGGAGAGCUUUUGCUUUGUGUUAGGAUGAAGUGAGGAUGCAAGGCAGAACCACUGGGAAACUGGCUCCUUUGGGGCAAGCCAGGAACUGUAAAUACUCCCACACUAUAAACUUCCAACUGCUCAUGUAGGGCAGUCAUGUCCAAGGCCCCAGAGCAGCAGGCAUUCUCAUGAAACUUUUUCCUUUGGGAGCAACUGGGCUUUUGUUUUGUUCUUAUAUGUUGCAGAAUCUGCUCAUGAGCCAGCAUUAAAAUUUGGCAUCGAAUUUAGGAACUCUGAAACAUACCCCAAGGAUUAUGGGAUAGAUUUUAUUCUUUUAAUAGCCAUUCCUUCUGCAGAAUGAGCAGUUACUUUUCAGACCGUGGAUUCCUGCCAGGUGGAUUUCCAAGCUUGCAGAGAGAUGAAGUCACUUUUCAAUUGAGGGUGCCAGAGUUUUGGUAGUUUGGCCUGUGAUACCUAUUUCGUGUUAUAAAACAAGUUAGUCUAGAGAUAUAAUGGCAUCUGGGGUUUGUCAUCCCCAAGGUAAUAUAUUAAUUUGAGAUGCAUCCAGUGCCCUGUUAAAAUGUAACUGGGUGAUAUCUUGCCUAGGUUAUUUCAGAAAUGGAAUCCCAUCAAUCUCUUUUAAAGACACUUUGGGGCAAUAUCUGUUUGAAGAAAAAGAACUGCUGCUGAAGUUAUGGUAAUAAAUUGCUUUACUGUUCACCUA